AAGUCAGAAGUACGAUUGUGCGGCGCCGCGUGAGAGUCUGUGUUUCUGUUUACAAACGUCUGGCAGUUUGAGGUUAAUCAACCCUCGAAGACUCGGGCAUUCACGGCAAGACGGUGCAAAUUCAAAUUGUUUUUAAUUUCAAUCUUCGGUAAUGACUACGAACGAGGUGAUAGUGGACGCACUCCCUUACAUCGAUCAGGGCUACGAUGAUCCGGGAAUCCGCGAGGCCGCCGUGGCCAUGGUCGAGGAGGAGAUACGCCGCUUCAGGCCCACGAAGAAUUACCUGGAGAACGUCUUCUCGAGCUCGGCUCAGUCGCUGUCCUUCGAGACGGACAUACUGAAGCACGAGUUCGAGCGGCUGCAGAAUCGCCAGUCCAUGGAGGUGAUCAACAUGAAGCGGUACGAGCUGCCGCCGCCGACCUCCGGCAAGCUGCACGACGCCACGGCCUGGCUCGAGAGCGUCGACAACAGCAACGCCCAGCUCGAGCACCAGGCGACCCGCAUCACCAAUCUCGAGCUCAUGCUGCAGUACGGCUGCUGCGCCUGGAAGGCCCACCUCAAGGUCCUCGCCAAGUCCGUGGCCGACGCGCAAAAGCAGCUGGCCGACAUCAAGAAGAACAUACAGGAGAUCAACUGGCAGAGAAAGUCCAAUCAGACGCAGGGCGGCGAAAAGCUCAAGGCCCUCGACGCCGAGUGGGUGGGUCUGGUCUCGAAAAAUUACGAAAUCGAGAAAACUUGCGUGUAUCUCGAGAACAAAAUUAAUGAAUACGAAAUGUACAGUCAACAACAACAGCAAGUUAAUUAACUUUUCACUUUAGAAUUAACGUUAACUAUAAGCUUUUCACUAUUAUCCUUUUGUACACAUUUUAUAAUUGUAAAUUGUUGCUUGUGAACCUGAUGUAAUGUAAGAUAAAUAAACUUAUUUUUAAUAAAGUCAA